AUGGCGGCGGCGUCGGAAGAGCGAAUGGCCGAGGAAGGAGGCGGCGGCCACAGCAAUGGCUGCUCCUCUUCGGCCGCCGGCUCUGCUCAGCGACAGCCCCCACCGCCGCCACCGCAGCCCCUGCAGCCGGCGUCCCAGGCGCCCCCAGCCCUGGCCCUGGCUCCGGACCAGCUGCCUCAGAACAACACGCUAGUAGCGCUGCCCAUGGUAGCCAUCGAGAACAUCCUCAGCUUUAUGUCCUACGAUGAAAUUAGCCAGCUCCGCCUGGUUUGUAAAAGAAUGGACGUGGUCUGCCAGAGAAUGUUGAAUCAGGGAUUUCUGAAAGUUGAGAGAUACCAUAAUCUAUGUCAGAAACAAGGUAAAGCACAACUCCCAAGGAGAGAGUCAGAAAGGAGAAACCAUUCAUUAGCUGGUCAUGCAGAUAUCCUUGCUGUUGUUGAAACAAGACUAUCAUUGUUAAAUAUGACUUUCAUGAAGUAUGUGGAUUCCAAUCUCUGUUGCUUCAUCCCAGGAAAGGUGAUCGAUGAAAUUUAUCGAGUGUUGAGAUACGUCAGUUCUACCAGAGCCCCUCAGCGAGCUCAUGAAGUACUUCAAGAAUUAAGGGAUAUUUCCUCCAUGGCAAUGGAAUACUUUGAUGAGAAGAUUGUCCCAAUUCUAAAGAGGAAAUUACCAGGAUCAGAUGUGUCUGGGAGACUCAUGGGCUCUCCUCCAAUCCCAGGACCUUCUGCCACACUAACAAUAAUGCAGCUCUCCUCCAAGCAAAACCCUUCAAGACAAGAGGUUACCAAACUCCAGCAGCAGGUUAAAACAAAUGGUGCUGGUGUGACUGUUCUCAGGCGUGAAAUUUCUGAGCUUCGCACCAAAGUGCAAGAGCAACAGAAACAGCUUCAAGACCAGGAUCAGAAACUGCUAGAGCAGACCCAGAUCAUAGGUGAACAGAAUGCACGGUUGGCUGAGCUGGAACGCAAACUGAGAGAAGUAAUGGAAAGUGCAGUAGGAAACUCCUCAGGAUCUAGGCAGAAUGAGGAGUCUCCUCGGAAACGGAAAAAGGCAGUGGAAGCCAUAGACUCUCUUAGGAAAUCUAAAUGUCUUUGGAAUAGAAAGUAA